CAACGACGGCCUCUUGAAUCGGCUGCCACGCGCUGUGAAGAACAUAGCCGGCGAGUGGUCGCAUUGGGGCGGUAUUUUCGGUCGUCUUGGAAGCGGCACACUUGGUCUCUGGGGAAGCGGUCGCCAUGAGUUGCUACUGCGAGUACGUACUUACGGCCAGCGGGAUCCUGAAGCUGUUCCAGAUGGUCGUUGGCGCCGGCAUCGUGUUCCUGCUGAGCGAAGGCCGCCUGGACGCCAACUGCUACCUGACCAUGCGCCUGGACGCACUCAUCCUCUUCAUCGCGUCCAUCGUCUUCUUCUUCAACGCGCUACUCAUACUCGUCUGCGUGCUGGUCGGCGCCCUGGAGAUUCCCGGUUCGACGGUGUACCGGAUGAACUACUUCAUGGCCACCUUCAUCCACGUGCCGACCAGCAUCGCGUACUUGUGCAUCGAGACGCGCAUGGGCGUCUACGUGCAGGGCUCCAUCGCCGGCGCGCUGGGCAUCCUCAACAGCCUGAUGUUCCUCGCGAACGCUGUCAUGGCCUACCACCCGCGCGUCGUCUGAGAAUAAUAAAACGCCCGCCGCGGGCGCAUAUCGUCGCCCAAGCGC